CGAUGAUUUCUUCGAUCAAGUCAACUGCUCGGAUAGUUUUACUAUCCUCGGCGAUCGGAUUCCAGAAAAUGCGAAUUGAGUCGGAUGCAGGGCGUAUUCUAGAAGAGCAUCGAUCUCGCUCCACAUUCAGCACUCCAGAGUAGAUACUUAAGGGUUUCGCUUCCCACUUUCAUCUCCAACACCAAGCAAUCCCCUCAAGUCCAGCCAUCUUUUCCCUGACUCAAUCGACAUCCACAAGAACAAACCAAGCUUCCUUGGCAUUCCCGACUCUCAAUGCAUGGUGGAGGCUCCUCGUCGCCUGCAAAUGCAGAUGAAUUGAUAGCUGAGUUCGCCGGAACAGUCGACGACCUCGUCCUUGUCGACUGGGAGGGCCCAGACGACCCAGAGAACCCAUUCAACUGGUCCAAACUGCACAAAUGGCUGGUGACCUUCGUUGCUCUGUUCACCACCUUCCUCGUGCUUGCCAAUGGCACCAUCAUCACUGUCGCCCACUAUGAGCUGGACGAGCGUUUCCAUGUCAGCGAGGCCUCAUUCGCCAACUCCUACUGGCCCGUCACCACUUGGGCUCUGGGUGGUGCCUUCUUCUCGUUGAUCAUUCUCCCGACGAUGGAGGACUUUGGUAUCCGCCGCACGUUUCUCCUGACGCAUUUCGUCUUCAUUCUCUUCCUGAUCCCGCAAGCCGUGGCUCAGAACUUUGCCACCUUGGUCGUCACCCGUUUCUUCGCGGGAGGCUGUGUCGCGGUGCUAGGGAACAGUGCUGCGAGCGUGAUUGGCAACAUCUGGGGCAGCGAGCGCGAACGCACCAAGCCAGUCAGCCUGUGGAUCGUCGCCUACCUGGGCGGCAGCAGCAUCGGGCCCGUGCUUGGGGCAUCUAUCCUCCAGUUCCUCUCGUGGCGCUGGAUUUCCUACAUGCAACUCAUCUGGCACGCGAUCUUGUUCCCCGUGGCCGUCGUCACGAUGCGGGAGUCGCGCGACCUGGUGAUUCUGAAACAGCGAGCCCAGCGACUGCGCGCGAAAGGCGUCAACGCAUACACCCAGCACGAGAUCCUGUCCAAGCCGCUUUUCGAGGUGCUGGCGACCAGCAUCCAACGUCCGCUCAAAAUGCUCGUCACGGAGUACGUGGUGUUCUUCUGCAUGCUGUGGUCGUCGUUCACCGUAGGCACGCUGUACCUCUUCACCCAAUCGGUCGAGCAAGUCUUCGACGCCCUGUACGGCUGGGACCCCGUGCAGUCGGGAUACGUGCAGGGCGCCAUCGUCAUCGGGCAAGUCCUGGGAUGGCCGUUGACACUCGUCUCCGCCCGACUCUAUUUCCAGUCCGCGAAACGCAACACUCAGAUCCCGGGAACGCCCAUCCCCGAAGCGCGCUUAUACAUGUCCGUUGCGGGAGCCAUCCUCGGCCUCACCGGCGGGAUGUUCGUCUACGCGUGGACCUCAUACCCCACACUCCCGUGGAUUGCCCCCACCAUCGGCCUGGGUAUGGUUGGCGCCGGCAGCGUGGUCGUGGUGACGGGAAUUAUGGAUUACGUGGUGGAUGCGUACAGCAAUUACGCCGGCAGCGCGAUGGCGUGUGUCGUGCUGGGGGAGAACACCUUCUCGGCUUUCUUGCCGCUGGCGACGAUGAACAUGUAUAGGACCAUGGGGUUGCAGUGGGCGAGCAGUCUGUUGGGAUUUAUUAGCCUGCUGCUGACGCUGGCGCCGGUGUGCAUUAUGAUCUGGGGGGAGAAGAUCCGCGAGCGCAGUCCGUUUAUGAAGGAGGCGACGGUGCGGAAGGUGGCGGAAUUGAAUGAGGCAGAGGAAGGGGAGGAUAAAUGUUGAUGGUUAUGAGGCAUGAUUAGAUGAGAUUAGAUUCUAUGAAAUGAUCUAUGCAC